AUGCCAGCUGGAGACGACCUGCUGCGGUACUUUAUUGUGCCUGGCAAGUCCUCUGGGAACUUCCCAGUCUCUCCCUCCAAGUCUCCACCUAGUUCACCAAUCUCACAUUCUUCCCACCAAGAAGAGUACUGGCGCGCCUUAGGCCAGCUGCAAGACGAGCCUAAAUCUCCAACGAACAGCCGUAAGAGACGAGAGAUGGAAGCUGACACGGCCCCCUGCGUUCCCGCAUUCUCUGGUCCCUCCAACAUGCCUGGCCAGAUUCUCUCCAUCGAAGAGUUCAGAGCCCUCCGCCAGAACUCCACUCCCACCGCCACAGACGCACUGGAAGCUCCACAGCCUCGUGCCCUCGCACCUCGCUCAUCCAGAUACACCAUCGAGCUCCAUGAGAAGUACCAGGCAUACGGAAUUCCGCGACCAGACUUCGUUUUUAGUGGGGAUAGUGUUGUGGGGUUCUGCGUGAGGACCGACUUCUUGGGAAGGGAGCUGCGUGUGGAUGGAUCGUGUGGCAGCAAGCAGGAGGCAAAGGAGACACUGAGCGAGAUAUGUAUGGGCGUAAUUGAUGAGUUGGAAAGGGAAGGAAAGCUGGAGCGUGCGCCCAAGGCGAAGAAGCAGAAGACACAAACUACACAGCAGGAAGUGGUAAAGAAGGAGAAGGAGAUUGUCGUCAAUUACAUCGGACAACUGCUUGAGUUCCGACGCUCAACUGCCUCUUCUCAACCCACUUACGUCGACUAUCAGCUCGGUCAAUCCUUCUCUUGUGAAUUGACCAUCGACGGCCACCCAUCCACUUUUGGCGACCGAACCACAUACUUCCCCUCCAAGAAAGCUGCCCGCCAGCACGCUGCCGGCUGCGCAGUCAAGCAUUUCCAAGCAGAAGGCCUCUGGCCAGACACCUACACCGAGCUCGGCGGCAUCAAGAAAGUCAAGUCUCCCCCUCUUUCCGACUCAAACACCCCCACCCCUUUGGCGUCCACAGACCCUGUCGACACUCUUGCAGGCGCAUCUUCCUACGCCCAAUGCGUCGCCCAAAUCGCAGCCCAACUCGGUCUCAACACUCCAGAGUGGCGCUACGCCCCCUCUCCCGCCGCGGCGCAAGGUUUCCACACCGUAUCGUGCUUCUUCAAGAAUGGGGGACCGCAUGAGGGACCGAUCGGAGAGGUGAGACAUGUGUUUGGGAAGAAGAAGGCGAAGGAGGAGUGUGGGAUGUUGGUCCUACAGUAUUUGAAGGGUGUCAGGGAGAAGAGGAUGGAAUAUGCGCGGGGGGUUAUGGCGGGGAUGAAGGGGGACACUGAGGUGGUUGCAAGCAGGGCUGUUGGCAAGCCGGCCGGAGGUGAGGUGGAGUUUAGAACCGGCGAAGAGACCAGCGAAGACGAGGGCUUCGAUACGGCAAACGAGGCCAUGGACUAG